AUGGCCGAUGACUCCAAUCAUGCUCGUCAACGGAGAGCCCUAGCACAUUCCUUCUCUCAAAAGGCUCUUCUCGAACAAGAGGACAUCAUACAAGAAUACGUCACCCUAUUCAUCAACCAUCUCGACCGCAUGUGCACCAACGACGAAACCUUCAACAUGGUCAACUGGCUCAACUUCACCACCUUCGACAUCAUCGGCGAUCUCGCAUUCGGCGAACCCUUUGGAUGUCUCGCCUCGGGCGAAUUCCACACCUGGGUCAACCUCAUCUUCGAGACCGUCAAAGCCGGCGCUCUCGAGCAGGCAACCCGCCGAUUCGCCACAGCCGGUUCCCUGGUACAGACCUUCCUCCUCUGGUGUCUCCCCUCCAAAGCCCGACAGGACCGACGAAACCACCUCAAAUUCAGCACCGAGAAAGUGAUGCGACGCCUCCGGAACUCGGAUGUCGACCACAAGGAUUUCAUCUGGUAUAUCCUGAAGCAGAAGGUGAAGUUCGAUCUCCAUCAGGAUGAAAUCAUUGUCAAUUCGGCGCUGUUUAUUGUGGCGGGCUCGGAGACGACGGCGAAUGCUUUGAGUGGGAUGUUGGCGCGGCUUAUUUAUAAUCCGGUGGUUUAUGGGAAGCUGGUUGCUGAGAUUAGGGGGGCGUUUAAGGAGGAGGGGGAGUUGAGGUGGGAGGCGUUGAGUGGGUUGGUGUAUUUGAAUGCGGUUAUUGAGGAGGGGUUGAGGAUCCAUCCUCCUGUGCCUACGUAUGUAACCCCUUAAUUCCCUCCUGGUCCAGUGGCUAAGAAAGUCCGACCUCUCGGCUAAAAUCUGACCUCAUCCCAACGAGCAGAAAUCUAUACUAACAUCCCCCAGCGGUCUCCUAAGAACAGUCCCAAAAGCGGGCGAUACUGUAGACGGAUACUUGGUUCCCGGCGGCGUAAGUCCCUCUCUAACCUCCCCCUUCUAGACCCGACAUCCUUGAACUGAACUGACAUACCUCCACAGACAGCAGUAUCCGUCGGCUCCUGGGCAGCCUCCCACAACGAAACCAACUUCCGCAACGCAGACGCAUUCAUCCCCGAGCGCUGGAUCGAUAGAUCCUACGAAACGGAUCACAAAAAAUCCGCGCAACCCUUUUCUCUCGGUCCGAGAGGUUGUAUUGGGAAACAGUACGUUUGUCCCCUCCCCUUCCCCCAUUCUCCAUUCUCCAUUCCCCAUUCCCCAUACUGCAUAAACCCGGCCUUCAACCUACCUUGCGCGAUUCUCGAUCUGUGCUAAGUCAAGUGAUAUACAUAGUCUUUCCUACCUAGAAAUGCGCAUCACCCUCGCUCGUCUCCUGUGGAACUUCGAUAUCCUCUCUGUGGACGGGGCGCCGAAUUGGGAUCCGGCGCAUGAGAUGGGGAGGGCGAGGGCGUUUUUGACGUGGGAGAAGCCGGAGUUAAACUUGAGGUUGAAGAGGGUUGUUGGGUGAGUGUUGUUAUGAUUAGGGAUGGGUGCUGUGUGUUUGGGAUGGUGGGGGGCGUGUUGUGGGAUUCUUGAUUUUACUGCCCGG